CCCACCCAAGCACGACCCGACCCGCAUCCUCUGCCCCGCCGGCACCGCGCGGCUCAACUGCUGUGAUGCCGUGACCGUCUCGUCCCCGCCGAGUCCACCUUUUCCCUCCUCCGCAUCUCCCACUCCACCGCCGUCACGCCACCUCGCCGCCGGCGCAACCCCCCGGCCGCGGAGAUGGGGAACAUCUUCGUGAAGAAGCCCAAGAUCACGGACGUCGACAGGGCCAUCCUCACCCUCAAGACGCAGCGCCGCAAGCUCGCCCAGUUCCAGCAGCAGCUUGAGAAGGUAAUCGAAGCAGAAAAGGAAGCUGCACGGCAGUUGGUUCAACAGAAGAAGAGGGACAGAGCUUUGAUUGCUCUGAAGAAGAAGAAAGCUCAGGAAGAGCUGCUGAAACAAGUUGACACAUGGCAAAUGAAUGUUGAACAACAGCUGGCAGACAUUGAACUAGCAAGUAAACAAAAGGCUGUAUUUGAAAGCCUGAAGGCUGGAAAUGCUGCCCUUAAGUCUAUACAGAAUGAGAUAAACAUUGAUGAUGUCCAAAAGCUGAUGGAUGAUACAGCCGAGGCUAAGGCUUAUCAAGAUGAAAUAAAUGCUGUUCUAGGCGAGCAGCUAUCGGCUGAGGAUGAAGAAGCUGUUAUGGCUGAGUUUGAAAUUUUGGAAGCUCAGCUUGCUGGCGAGUAUUCGCCAGACGCUCUUGUUAUACGGCCUGAAGAGAAAAUGAAAGCACCGGCUGACACUGAAGCUGCAUCUGAGGACAUUGAUGAGGUUAUUGAGCUUCCUGAUGUGCCUACGAAAGCUCCGGAGAGACCAGAAGCUCCAGAAAAGACGAAAGUUUUGGAAGAGCCGCUACCUGCAUAGUGGAUGGAGCUGAGAUGAAUAGGGCACUCUCGGUUUGCAGUUGUAACAUACCCACCAUUUCAUUGUACCACCCCAUUUUCAGCCAUCUCUGAAUUUUAUUCUGUACAGCAUGAAGAAAUUUGUUGUUCUCGACUAUUGAUUACUGCCAGAUUGGACUUCCCAGUGUCCAUCUAUAGUCCAAUCCCUACCGGGUAACACAUAAUGUUUUGGAUGCAUUUCUCUGAAGGCAGAAAUGCUGAAGUUCUCAA